AUGAGACAAAUUCGGUCGCAAGAGACAAAUGAGGACCGUGAACACCGUUUAGCUUACAGUAGAGAACAAACUGCGGAAUCUCGGGCAUCAGAGUCCAGUUUUCAUAAUGAAGCACGCCGAGAACGCCACGCGCUGUCUCACGCUUCGGAAACUUUAAUAAAUUACUCACAGCGUUUAAAAGUAGACCGUAAAUGUCAUGUCGAGUCUCGCGUUUCAGAGACGUUUACCCACUAUUUGGACCGCUUGACAGCAGAUCGGAAACAUCAUGCAAUGCCUCGCGCUUUGGAGACGUUUUCGGAUUAUUCAGAACGCUUGACUGCAGACCGAGAGCGUCAUGCUGAGUCACGCUCUUCGGAAAUGUUUACCGAGUAUUCAGAGCGGUUAACUGCAGACCGUGAACGUAAUACUGAGUCUCGCGCUCCGGAAACGUUUACGCAGUAUUCAGAACGGUUGACUGCAGACCGUGAACGUCAUGCGAGAUCACUUGCUUCGGUAUCAUUUACUCAACCUGAAGCGACGUUAGCAGCAGAUUAA